AUGAAAACCCAAGUUUCUAGACGCCCAUCCGGUGUCACACGUCACGUAUUGAUCAAGUCUCCACUUCGAAAGCGGGCCUCAGAAGCCAGGAAGUGGAUUGGUAUACCUCGUCUCGAUUUAUGUUCUCAGUGUAGAGAUUUCUCUUUGCUGACUAUCCUUUUUCUGGUUUACUUCCUUCCAGCAUCAAGAUUUCGUUUACGUCGAUUCCCAGGAGGUUCACAACUUAAGAACACCCCACCAAACACCGAUUUGCCCAACCCCAUAGAUACCGCUCGUCUUGAUGGGACUCGUGUUGGAUUCCGCACCCCUCAUCACAGUCCACAAUCAUCGACACCUAGCUCUUCUACUCAAUCAAGCACCGGCACCCUGCAAGUGACUUUGUUCAAAUCAAACCACACGGAAUCCACCCCGUCAAGUCCUAUUCACAUGGUAGAUCUGAACACAGAUCUAGAUUCUUCCAUCCUAGAUUCUCCCGCUGCGUCAAACCCAACGCACUUGGGUUGCACUACCUUGUAUCGGAGUGCCUCGUGUGCUGCACUUCAUGCUGAUCAUAUGACUCGGUCUAACCGGCGCCCCAGGGCGGCAUCAGCACCUGUCUUACAACAGUCUUAUAGCGAAAUUUCACUAGAACAAGCCUCGUCUGUUGAACCUCUUCAACACGCUAGCUCUCAACGCAGCCACCGUCCCAUAUACUUAGACUUUACUACGCCACACAUAGCUACUUACUCUUUGAGUGAUGUCCUCAAUUCGUCUGACAUCAGUGUUGCUUUAGAUUUGAGUCUUACCUCUUCAGCAAUCAGCUUGAUGAGCAUUGAUCGCUUCACUCUUGAACCCCCUCUUGAAUCCCGUGUAAUUGGUCAGCGGGCUCACAAGCGCUCAAGAUCACUAUCUGAAUGUGUCUUAACCAAUAAUCACGAUUGGUCAAGAGAUCGACCGGAAAAGCGGCGCCGAAUUUCUUCUGAGGCUGACAUACACGCCUGUGAAGGCGAUUUUAGGAAACGUUGUGUCUCGGUCUCUGCUUACGAACAACUUGAGGAACCGGCUCACAAGCGCCAGAGGCCUAUUAUGGGUUUAAUGUGA